UUGUAUACUACUCAAGGUGAUGGUAGUGUUAGAUUACGUAUGACUGAUAAAGGAGCUGGUUCAGAAGCACCACAAACUGUUGUCUCAUUAUUACAAACUACUGCUGAACGAAUCCCUAAUAAUGCUGCUAUAUGUGUUAAAAGAAAUGAUACCUGGCUUAGAUGGACAUACAAACAAUAUUAUGAUGAUUCAUGUAGGGCUGCCAAAAGUUUCAUAAAGGCAGGGUUAGAACCAUAUCAUGGUGUAGGUAUUAUGGGUUUUAAUAGUCCAGAAUGGUUUCUAGCUGAUAUUGGUUGUAUAUUUGCUGGUGGCUUUGCUGUUGGAAUCUAUACAACAAACAAUGCCGAAGCUUGUCAGUUUAUAGCCGCUGACAGUAAAGCUCAAGUUAUAGUUGUAGAAAAUACAGCUUAUUUAAAGAAAAUUUUACAAGUGAAAGAUCAAUUACCAGAUUUAAAAGCUAUAGUUCAAUAUUCUGGUGAAAUAGAAACACCACAAGAUAAUCUAUACUCAUGGGAUGAUUUUAUGAAAUUAGGAGAUGAUUUACCUGAUUCUGCUCUUGAAGAAAGAUUUAAAAUUCUAGCACCAAAUAAAUGUUGUACUUUGAUUUAUACAUCAGGUACUACUGGUAAACCAAAAGGUGUCAUGUUGAGUCACGAUAAUGUAACAUGGACUCCAGUAAAUGCAGGACCUCUUGGUGGUUUAUUAUUUGGUGUUGAAAGAUUAGUCAGUUAUUUACCAUUAAGUCAUGUUGCUGCUCAACAUCUUGAUAUAUAUUUACCUAUUUAUUUUGGUGCUACUGUAUUUUUUGCUCAGCCAGAUGCCUUAAAGGGCUCUCUUUUGACAACCCUCAAAGAAGUUCGUCCAACAGGGUUUAUGGGUGUACCUAGAGUUUGGGAAAAGAUGAUGGAUAAAUUGUUAGAAAUUGGUCGAAACAAUAAAGGUUUAAAACUGAAAAUUGCUACAUGGGCAAAGAGUAUAGGUCUGAAGGGUAAUAAGAAUAAAAUGAACAAUGUACCAUUUGGUUGGACCUUGGCUAAUUCCCUGGCUUUUAAAAGAGUUAAAGAAGGUUUAGGAUUUGACCAUUGUAAGAUAAUGUUUUCUGGAGCUGCACCUAUUACUAAAGAAACUCUAGAAUACUUUAUGAGUUUAGAUAUUAUGGUAGAUGAAGUAUAUGGAAUGAGUGAAAGUUCAGGACCUCAUUCAUUCAGUAGACCAGGUUGUCGUAGAUUUGGUAGUGUAGGUUCAGUAUCACCAGGUGUUUUUACUAGAAUAGAUAAUCCAGAUGAAGAGGGUAAUGGAGAGAUAUUAAUGUAUGGUCGUCAUGUAUUUAUGGGAUAUUUACAACAAGAAGAGAAAACUAAAGAAGUAAUGACAGAUGAAGGUUGGUUACGUACUGGUGAUAUAGGCAGAGUUGAUAAAGAUGGUUUCCUCUUUAUAACUGGCAGAAUAAAAGAAAUAAUAAUUACUGCUGGUGGUGAGAAUAUAGCUCCAGUACCAGUAGAAGAUACUGAUUGUUUACUCUAA